AUGAGUUUAAAAGUAGAAGCCAAAACGCUGCCCUGUAUCUUUACUAUUUUUGCUACAAAGUACCCGGAAAGUGGUUUACUAAAUCGUAUAGAAAAAUGUAAAACCGAAGAAAGACAACAGUGGCGAAAUGCAUCAGCUAAUGCAGCAACAAAAAAACUAACAGAAUUGGCUAAGUAUUUUCCUGAAUUUACCCCAUUC